GCGAGCUCAAUGGGAAACACAUUGGUGUACCUCACCGGUGUAUUAACCUAAUGAGGAGGGGAGAUGAUGGCAACCGAAAACAGUUGUCUGCGUAAAUCAAUUGCCGAGGGGACGACAAGGAAGCUCAAAUUCCCCUUGUCUUAAAGCGGCCCGACUGACGGAGAAACACCGGGGAGACUCAGCAUCGGUAGCUGCUGUAUCUGCAGCCUGCGAAAAGAGGGAUGCGAGGAUUCGAGAGGAGAUAACAAAUAAAACAAAUGUCAUAUUUUUUCUUCGACAGUAACUUAUGGGGUCUGCGUUCAGUUAGCAAAUGGCGAGUUGAACCUGAAAUUGUUAACGGUGUCGUUGGAAAAGCUCUUGGGGAGGAAAUGAGGAUAACAGGCAGAUAGGGCGUUUUAAAGUCCACCUUUUGUCGUGGACAGUCGGCUAACGUUAGCGGGGGUUUUCUGAUACUGGAAUUGGCCGUUUGCGUGGACCGUGUCGCUAGCGUGAGUUAGCCGAGGCUACUGGGUGGGUUUUCUUCGCUUUUUCAACUGGCUCUUGAAAUCGGAUGAAAUCUCGUCCAUGCCAUCCAUCCCACUGUUGGUAGGGGCCUCUGCUGGCAAACUGCGUCAUCGAGUGGGCGCUGCAGGUAUUCAUCUCUAAGUGUGCACGCUGGAAAGUCUAGCUAUGGCACGAAUGACAUGGAAACCAAAGUGACUGAACUUUUAAAUCACCAUGGAGCAGGGCAAUAAAUCAAACUCCGAAACCCACCAACAGCUAAAAUAUCCAUAUACGCCAACCUCCAAGUGUGAACUGGCUACAAAUAUGCAUAAGGUCACGGGUGAUGGAAAUAUCAAUCCUGUGGACUCAGUCGUGAGAGGGGGGAGUGACCCCAGUACAUACCCUUCCUCCAGCUAUCAGAGGAAUGUGCAUCAGAGAUUCAUAAGGAGAAACCUAUGGUUUUCAGACACAGAUGAGCAGGCAUUUGAAGCACCUGAAUGUGAUGACAAGAAUAAAAUCCUAAACAUAAACCUGCGAACAGUUGUGGACAGGGUGCGUGGGACUACCUCUGGGGUACAGGAGGGUUCCAGCACUGAAAGCCAAGUUGGGCAAAAAGAGAGCGCAAGUACCAAUGACAAGGAGAAAGGUGGAGAUGCAUUAAAUGUUACAUGCAGUGAUGGUGCUAGAAGUGCUGUCAAGGCAGCCAGUGAGGAGAAUGAGGAAGAAGCAGAGAUGAAAGCAGUCGCCACAUCUCCCGGAGGAAGGUUCCUCAAAUUUGACAUUGAACUGGGAAGAGGGUCCUUCAAGACGGUCUACAAGGGUCUGGAUACUGAGACUUGGGUGGAGGUUGCCUGGUGUGAGCUGCAGGACCGUAAGCUGUCAAAAGUAGAACGUCAGCGCUUUAAGGAGGAGGCAGAGAUGUUGAAGGGUCUACAGCAUCCCAACAUUGUUCGUUUUUAUGACUUCUGGGAGUCACCCCUCAAAGGGAAGAAAUGUAUUGUUCUAGUAACAGAGCUCAUGACGUCAGGAACACUAAAAACCUAUCUAAAACGUUUCAAGGUAAUGAAGCCCAAGGUGCUGAGGAGCUGGUGUAGACAGAUCCUGAAAGGCCUUCAUUUUCUCCACACCAGGACCCCUCCCAUCAUUCAUAGGGACCUCAAAUGUGACAACAUCUUUAUCACUGGACCUACAGGGUCGGUCAAAAUUGGGGAUUUAGGACUGGCGACUCUCAAGGCAGCUUCAUUUGCGAAGAGCGUUUUAGGCACCCCAGAGUUCAUGGCUCCAGAGAUGUAUGAGGAGCACUAUGAUGAGGCUGUGGAUGUCUACGCCUUCGGCAUGUGCAUGCUGGAGAUGGCCACCUCCGAAUAUCCUUACUCCGAGUGUCAGAAUGCUGCUCAGAUUUACCGCAAAGUGACUAGUGGAGUGAAGCCAGCCAGUUAUAACAAGGUCAUGCAUCCUGAAAUCAAGGAGAUUAUUGGGGAGUGUAUCUGCCAGAAGAAGGAGGAGCGGUAUACCAUCAAGGACCUUCUGAACCAUGCAUUCUUUGCUGAAGACACAGGUGUGAGGGUGGAGCUGGCUGAGGAGGAUGAUGGGAAAAAAGCCUCAAUAGCCCUCAGACUGUGGGUGGAGGACCACAAGAAGUUGAAAGUGAAGUACAAGGACAGUGGAGCAAUUGAGUUCAUGUUUGACCUGGAAAAGGAGGUCCCUGAGGUUGUUGCACAAGAGAUGGUGGAAUCUGGCUUCUUCCAUGAGAGUGAUGCCAAGACUGUGGGAAAGUCUAUCAGGGACCGUGUGGCACUGAUCAAAUGGAGAAGAGAGAGAACAGUGUCUGCUGCAGUUCUACUGGAUCAGGGUGAAGGAGCGCAGAGGGUCCAGAUGACACCUUCUCAGAGCAUCUCUGCUGGGGCUUCACAUGUUGGACAGCCCCCUUUGCUGGAACCAGAAGAGCCAGAGGCAGACCAGCACAACAGGCUGCAUAAUCUACUAGCCAGUACCACUUCAGCAACAUCAGACAGUGGCAUGGGCUCUACUGUGUACUCAGACUCCCACAGCAGCCAGCAGAGUGUCCUCUACCAGUCCCUGCUGGAACCAAUCACUAUGGCAAUGCAGCAGUGCCAGAGCAGUAACCCUUUGAGAGACCAACCUCACUCCUGUGAAAAGGGUGAAGUAUGGGGGUCAACACUGAACCCAGAGCUCUGGACUCGACUGGGAGCUGCAGCUCGGAGAGGAAGUGCCCCUGUUAUUGACAAUCACAAGACAAACCACAUUGCUCAAUUCCAUGCACUCAUUCAGUCUGAAAGAUCGGUCAGUCCCACCCCCACGGUACUGGAGCACCAGUUAGAACUUAGCCCAUCUGAAGUUCACUCAGAGGCUGGGGAUUGGUUCUCCUCUCAGCGUCCUUUGCCAGUGCUACAGGUCUCUCCUGUCUGUGCACUGCCUGAGCAUCGCCGUCUUAGUGAUGCCAGCAUCAUACCACCAUCAGAGGUGACCAGUGAGAACUUAAAACUGGGUAUAAGAAGUGGACGCAGACAUUCUGACCUUAGUAGUCUAACCUCUCGCCAUAACCAUCAUUGUGCAGUGCAAAGAACCCACAUGUGCCAGGCCUGCCUGUCUUUGCUUCUUUUGAGGUCCAGAGGGAGCCACUACCAGCCUUGGGUUGUUAUGCCAGCACACCACGUAUCAUCUGGUGGAACAAUAACUGCUCCUGGUUAUGGACGGCCGAAAGGUUCGAGCGAUUGCUCUGAUUUCUCACUGCUUCAGAAAUCCCUGUUAAAUAUAAUCAACCGCAAAGCAGCCCCCCAAGCAUCACUGCUGCACCCCUCAGCUGUCCACAGACCUGCCCAGAGUGAGGGUAGCAUGAGGGGUCAUCUCCUGAGGGGCAUUUCAGAUGGGGACCAAGAACCCCUCCAAGACUGUGGGGAUAGAUUGUGUGCCGGAGAGCAGGAAGUUACCGGGGCUGUGGGAGUGACCGGUUCUGCAGGUCACCAGAAUCAGUCGUCUGUCCAGGGCAUGCCUUCCUCCAGCACAGCAGUGAACACACCACUGCAGUAUCUCCAGCCUGGACAAAGCUACCCUGCUCCUCCAUAUGUUGGUCAACCUGGUGCUGCAGCACUAGCUCCGGCUAGUCAAUGUUCAGUCAACACACAACAUGCAGCCAGUUCUGCUAGCUGUAUACCUCAAAGUGUGCAACAAACCCAAGCUACACCAAUUAUUUCAUUGUCAGCUGUGUCUCAACAUAUUGCACAGAGCUACCAAGCAUCAUGCCAACAACAGCAACGGGAGACGGCAGCAAACUCUUUGACUUUUCCCUUGCAAGUCCAGCAAACUCAGAACUGCAUUGCCCCAGUUGAAUCAGGAUAUUCUACUCCAGUUCAGCAACAGACUGCAGAAACAGCAGCAGCCAUCCAACCAGCACAGCAGCCAGCACAAAGCUACCUUCUUGCAUCUGUAGCUCCAACGGUGGAAGCCACAGCCAAGUCUCAUCCUGCACAAGUUUCUGGCGCACUGCAGCAGGUCCAAGCCACAGUCAAACUGCCAAGUCAGCAGCCUGCCCAGAGCUCCUCCACACCAGCACUUUAUAGCCAACAGAUAGUCACUCAGCAUGAGCACCAACAGCCCUUACAGCAAAAUACACAAUCUAGUACACAACAAAUACAAAAUGUUGGGCAGGCUUAUAUUCAGCGUAGCCAAGAAACUGUACAUCCCACACACCAACAAAUGGCACAGCAGCCCAUCAGCCAGUCUCAUAGUCUACAGUCUAUUGAUCAGCAGCAAGUACAUGCCCCAGCUCUACAGCUGCACUGUCAGAAAGCCGUGCAAACACCAAUUCCACAACAAAGCCAGGAUGUAUCCCAUUCUAUGGUCCAACAGGUUCAGACCCCAGCUUUGCAGCCUCAUCCCUCAGCAACUCCAGUUGGUCAGGUUGCAGAUGCCCAUCAGAGUUACCUUGGUCCAGGUCUACUUGAUGCUGCCUCUCAGAGCUAUGCACAUUGCACCCUGAAUGUGCUGCAGCAACAGGCUGCUCCAGCUCAGAGCCAGUACCUGCCUGUCCAGUCGACUGCGGUUCCACAGGCUUAUGGAGGAGCUAAUCAGGUAGUACCUCCUCUGAGCCUUCCAGUCUCCUCCCAGCAUAGCCAGGCUGCACAUAUCACCCAGCAGGUGAGCGUACGAUGCUGCUGUGUUAGUGGACAGUCGAUGAAUGGAACAAAUGAUCAGCUCAGUAAACAGAGAGAUGGACAGGGCCAUGGGCAGAAUCUCAGCCAGUCAACUUCCACUAUGCCCAUCCAAGUACUUCCUCCUCGACAGUCAAUAGCUCAGGUUACUGUUCAACAACUUCAGCCUCUGCAAAAAUUAGCCUCUCUUCCAUCAACACAUCCAUCGCAGCAGGUUCCCCAGCAGGCCCAAGUCAGCCAUCCGGAGCUUUUCUCCUCUGAUCAUCCACAGCCUGUGGUCUUCUCCUCACCUGUGCAGAAUGGGGCGGACCCAGGCACAGUCACUGCUGCUGCCCAGCUGGACAACAAAAACCCAUGCCAGCUGCCUACCCAGAGCCAGGGUUGGAGCCAAAUUCCUGUGCUGCAGUCCUCUGACUCUCAGAGAGCAUCAUCUGGGUUUGCCAGUUCCAGUCAGCAGAAACAGCUCAGUACUCUCACUGGAGCUGCAGGAGAGGGACCAACAGAGACCACCAUGGAGGAUCAAGCCACAGAGAAACACACUGGAGGACAGAGCUAUGACAGUGUAAAUUCUGAUGCCACAUCAGGGAAGGAAAUGAGUGAUGGUUAUGAGGGGACACAUGGAAGUAAAGGUGAAGGGAAAAUUCGCAAACACCACCGCAGGUCCAUGCGCACUCGCUCUCGGCAAGAGAAGACCAGCAGGCCAAAGCUGAGCAUGCUCAAUGUGUGUAACACUGGGGAUAAGAUGGUAGAGUGUCAGUUGGAAACUCAUAAUCAUAAAAUGGUCACUUUCAAGUUUGACCUGGAUGGAGAUGCACCGGAAGAAAUUGCUACAUACAUGGUGGAAAAUGAUUUUAUUUUGCCUCUGGAAAAAGAGGUUUUCAUUGAACAGCUAAAGGACAUUGUGGACAAGGCUGAGGACAUGCUGAGUGAGGACACAGAGGGGGAGAGGAACUCUGACCAGGGAGGCAGCCCCAGACAGAGUCAAGGCGCUGGCACGCUGGGAACAGAGGCUUUGAAAGCUUUUGCACCCAGCACAUCACAGAUGGUGUACCAACAAAAUGUCCUCCACACUGGCAAGCGCUGGUUUAUCAUCUGCCCUGUGGCUGAGACACCUAUGCUAGACAAAGAAAAGACUGCGUCUCACACCUCCACAGCCCAAGAAUCAGAAAAGUCUGCCUCAUCGUCAGCCAGGCCCAGCAGCAACAUAACUGCAGUGACUACACUUGCAUCUUUAUCUUCCCAAAGCGCACCCUCCUCCUCUCAGCCUCCUGCAGCUCAGGCUUCAGAACAGCCUCCAGUCCAAAACACUGGCAAAGCCCGGGUCCAGCAGCCUCAGCCCUGUGUAACUAAACAUGCUCUUGCUGGUGCUGGUGUCAGCCAUCACAGCUCGCUUCCUGUAGAAGAACCUUGCAUCUCUGCUGGCUCUAUUGUGACCGACAUGCAGUGCUGUGCUAUUGUGCCACCUGUUUCUCUGGAUGUGAAUGCUGUUGAUAAAGGAGCAGGAGGUGGUUUGGUCUCCUCUCAAACUACUCAGCCCAAUCAGACAGCCAGUCCCACUAUAGAACUACCCCCUCAGCUAGCCUCUCACCAGUCUGUGGUCUUGCAGCAACCUUAUGCCACACCCAUGCAGCCUGGGACAGUAACGUCUCAGCCCCAGAGUCCAGCACAUCAGACCUCCCAGAGCUCCCAGUCGUCAAGCCACCAGCAGGCAGCAAGUGGCCCAGGAGAGUCGGACAGUGAAGGACCACGCAGGGUUGAGUUUGUUGACCGCACCAUCAAAACUCUGGAUGAGAAGCUGAGAAACCUGUUGUACCAGGAGCAUGCUCCCUCCCAGCCGUCCAGCACCGCAUCUGAUCCCCAGGCCUCUAGCACAGAGGGAAUCGGCUCGCCUCCAGUCUCAGACAGCCAGAGCACUGAGGGAGCCCUUACAAAGUCGAAGGGGGAACCAUUGCCUCAGAUUCCUGAGUGCACAGAUAAUGUGGGUGUGCUAAGUGAUUCUGGAGUGGCAGAUGCUAACAACGUUUUAACAGGAAGGGAUGUAAUUUCCGGCUCCACUUCCAAAAGCCGUUUUCAAGUCAUCCCCACUCUGUCUAAUGUCAUUUGUCCUUUAGGGAAAAGCAAGACAAGCUGUGGUGCCUACUGUUCCCCAGCACCAUCUAGUGGCUUUGGAGGGUCUCAGAGCUCGAACAAAGGCAUAAGCAGGAAAGAAAAGGCAGUGUGUGUUGCUGGGGGUAGCUCCUCUGUGACAGCUGUGGCUGAUGAUGAGAAUGCAGGAACAUCCAAAACCCACAGUGGUAACCGCUGCUCUGCCCCACCAAAUUUCUACCAGGCCACCCCGGUUUCCAGCCCUGAUGCCACCCCAUGCCAUAUCCCGCGAGCGCAGACGAUUGAUACUCCAACGCAUCGCUCCUACCUCCACUCCUCUCAUCUCCACUCUGACUCAGGAGAUGAAGACAGCAGCAGCAUAGCUCUCCCUCCAAACCCCACCGCCUCAGCUCCUGCCCUGUCUGAGCACAGUGGAAGUGACCUCAUGAAGAGGGCCGUGGCCUUCCUGCGGCGCUCUGGUCGGAGCAAAAGUGAACAGAGCUCGGAUUCACCGAGUCGACAGUCCGUGACCAUGAAUGGUCACGCUCCCUCUGCUUCGGCAGGGCAUGCCCACUCAUCCUACAUUAGCAGUGACAAUGACUCUGAGUUUGAGGAUGCAGAUAUGAGGAAAGAACUUCAAAAACUGAGAGAAAAACACCUGAAGGAGAUCUCUGAGCUGCAGGCAUUCCACAGGAGUGAGAUUGAGCGUCUGUACAAGGAGCUGGGCAAAACUCUACCCCCCAGUGUCGGGCUGCUUCAUGUAGCGCCGCCAAGCGGCCGCAGGCGCAGGGCUAGCAAACACAAACUGAAGGCUGGAAAACUGCUCAAUCCAAUGGUGCAGCAGCUCAAAAACAAUGUUAACACCACCACUGACAGGAAAGGUGAGAGGGCUGUCAGUUCACCUGGAUCGCCGUCUAAAAGUUCAGUUCUGUCAGAUGGCCACUCCAGUGGUGGCUCCAGCUCUUGCAGUCAGCCCAGCACCACCCCAGAGCAGGUCCACACCCAGCAACCCUGUUCCUUGAAGGGUUCUUUCUCCUCAGACAACAUCUAUGCUGGGCUACACAGUGAUGGAAUGGCUAACCAAGCAGGCCCCGACCAAGGCCAAGGCUGGACGGUUUACCACCAAACGUCUGAGAGAGUCACCUAUAAAUCUAGUAGCAAACCACGCACUAGAUUCCUCAGUGGACCUGUGUCUCUGUCCAUCUGGUCCACUCUGAAACGACUUUGUCUAGGCAAAGAGCGCAGUAGUAGGGCUUCUCUCAGCACCACACCAGCUCAGACACAGCCAUCACGCUCCACAGCCGCACCCUCACCAUCUCCUCAGCUAAUCACACGGCUUGCGCAGGUUCAGACCAACAACAGUAACAACAAGAGAGGCACGUUCACUGAUGAUCUUCACAAACUGGUAGAUGACUGGACGAAGGAGACAGUUGCAGCUGCCAAUCAACCACGACUUUCCCUGAAUCAGAUCAAACAGCAGAGACGCCAGCAGGACCUGGAAUGCAGAGCGCCACCCAUAGGAGCUGCUGCACAUGAGAUGAAAUGUCAGGUUGGUCCCAGCAAGUUCCAUCUGCCUCUUUCCUGCCCGUUGACUGCUGCUGUAGGCCCUGGUAUGCCCACAACACUAGCUCCCAACUCCUCGGCAAUGCUCCCUCCAGGGUACCUUCUCCCAGUAGGUGCCUAUGGCGGUAUGGUUCCCAAUCCUCUUUACCCUCAGCAGUGGCCUGGCAUGCCUAGCCCAUUAGGGUCCCUUGGUCCUGUAAGCAUGCUUGGUGCUGCAAGAAUGAUUCCCUAUGCCACAAUGGCAAACCCAGGGAUCCAAGCGUACCCUCUGGUCAGGCACAACCAUGAGAAUGGCCCCUGUCCAAAAACCACUAGGACUACCUGAUCUGCUAACUGAAAUUUGUUGGUGUGGUGGGCAGGAUAGUCUGCAACUGUACAGAAUCUGAUAUUGUAAAUAAGAGGACAGAGUGUUGAUAUUCUUUAUGCAACACACAUCUGUAAUGAACUGUGUGAGUGUGUGUGUAUGUGUUUGUAUGUUUGUAUAUUAUACAGUACAUGUUAAGUAUGUGUGUACACAGAAUGCUUUUUGGCUUUGGUCUUGACUAAACUCAGCCAUACAGAACAUUUUCUCAGCAGACACAAAACAUAUUUCACUAUAUUCUUUAUUAUGGCAGUUUUCUCAUUGAUUUUGCCUUUGUGUGUUAUGUUCACUUUAAACACUACAUUGGAAUCCAAAUACCAGUGGUUUGGGAUACAGUGACAGGGCAGUAUUUAUGAUGACGAUAUUUGAUGGAAUGUAGUGCCUUGAACAUCGAUUUAUAUAUAUAUAUUUUUUUUCAUUCUGUGGAACAUAGCAUGUCUGCAUCCAGCUUAUUUCAUUUGACAGUAGCUGGAGUGCAUUACAGACACUUGUUUUUGGUUUACAUACGAAUGCCCUUGUAGUACUGCACUAUUAACACAGUAUAUGGUCUUAUUUAAACAAUAAAAUCAUGUAUGAACCCUUGUUUACUUCCCACCCCAUGACAGAUGGAAUGCCAUAGUGGGGAGCUGUACCGUUGCCUUGCAGAAACAAAUGACAAAUGGUUAAUAGAAGACUGAUGAGAGAAGGAAAAAAAAAAGUACGCCAGCAGCCAAAAUCCACUCUUUCAGGUCAAAUGGUUCUGUUGGACACAGCCUCUUUUUUUUUUUUUUUUGUUAUGAAAACAGAUGUGUUGGACAGCACAAGAGUUGUCAGUGUUGUAGCCUUGUGCCCAGAGGAAAGCCAGUGUCCAGAGCCAUAUAGACUGUACAUAGUUCUUUCUACAGUAUAUGCCUCUGCUCGUGUUCUGAUCAGAAUGUAGCAGUUAAUAUGUGAAGGCUUGAAGCUUAAAAGUGCAAUUUAACCCCUCCACAAAGCUUUGAUCGUGGCCUUGCCACAAGCCUUAUCUCUGAUGUGUGCAAUAGGAGCAAGAGGAAAAAUCAAAGUCACAAAUCACCAAGCAACAGACAGAAGUUAACAGGCAAAGUUUAAACAUAACAGACCACCCUGCACCUCUGAAUUCACUAAAUGUUCCUUCAACUUGGCUGUCCUAUUACUCAGCAUACACUGUAUGUACACAGUGUUUUGUGCAAUCACCUGUUAAGUCUGACAUUUUUAACUUAUUUGUUUAAAACUUUUUUGAUGCUGCUAUCAUCUGAGGUGAUUCCAUUGUAUAGUUAAGCAUUCAGUUUGCAUAAGAUGGUACUUAAAAAUAAGGCUUCUCAAAUUAAACAAAUGAGAUGCCCACACAACAGUGUUAUUGUCUUGUUGAAAUUCUGAUGUUUUUCCCAGGCUGCUUUUAAAAACAGCCUCAGUUUUCUUUUUCCAAUGAUAUAUUGCAAAAAUUCAGAUACUUGAUGUGGGAGAUUUGCACAAUUUAUAGUCUCCUCUAAUUCUACUGUACAUAGUGGGUUUCACUGCUUUAUUUUUCUUUUCUUUUUUAUCACUGACCAGCAUGGCCAACAUCUCAUAUCUCACAAAGCAAAAAUCAACAACACGGCUACUAUGGAAAAAAAAAAAAAUUCACAUUUUCGACAUAUUUUGAAAGGGUCCAGCACUUCAAUCCUGCUAAGCUGUGAAAUGUACAGUUUUCUUGUAGUUUAUAUUUGUACAUUUUGUUUCCCUGGGUGGUGGUGGUGGUGAUGGAGGGCCUGCUUUUGAUGUACAUUUUUCCAUCAAUUCGGUUUGAAUUGGACUUUUAUAGAAUACUAUGCAGAGUCCUCUGCUUUGGUGAAAUACUUCCAGUAGUAAGAGAUUUCUGUUCUCUGUCACUUGUAUCAGUAGCCUAUGUUUUGUUCCACCCUCCUCGCUGCUAACACAUAAGGAACAGAGGAGGGAAUAGCCAUUGUGGGCAUAUUAAUUUGGGUGCAGUGAUGAUAAUAGGGUUGAAAUACACAGAGCAGCAGACCUGACCUAUCUGAACCCUGCCCGAACAAUAUUGCCCCCUGGUGAAUACGCUCUGAUUGUCAAAAACGUGUUUCAACUGUCUGGGAUGGCUUCUGCCUGCUGUGCCCCGCUGCAUUACCCCACCCUGCCCUGCUGCACUCUUAUCACAGACUGUAUGUGGACAGAGAAAUAAAUAAAUAUUUUGGGCUUGA